CUUUAUUCAUUUAUUUUGCUAUUAUGAAUAAAAGUACAAGUGGUACGACUGGAAUAGUACGCAGUAAUACAUCGUGCAUGAAUGAAUAUGAAAAUAUAAAAAGACAGUUUUGUUUUACAUUCAUUCGAUUUGCAAUAUUUAGAUAGAAAAGAUUAUUACUUACAUUAAGUAAAUAUGUCGAAGACUAGAAAUAAUAUGCGCAGCAGUGAGGAACACAGCAGUCUAUCUUCUUGUACAUCAUCAUCAUCAGAUGAAGAAGAGAUUGAUACAAGAGAUUUAAAACCAAUUAAGAAUUAUUUAUCUAAUCGUAAGGAAUUAGCUCGACAACUUUUCAAAUCUGUUAAGCCAGAAAAGAUUCGUAUGAUGUUACCUCAAGUUUUGAAACAUGUAGAUUUAAGUGAACUGGAAGAAUAUUGUGUGAAUGAAUUAAAUGGUAUGUCUAAAGCUCGAAUAUUAUCGAAAUUAAAUGGCAAACCUAUGUUGGAAUCCUCAGACACGAGCGAAUCAGAUGAUUCAGGACCUUCUCUAGAAAUCAUUUCCGAUACAGAAGAAUGGUUGACAGAUGACGAUACAUCUAAAACAGAAAAUGGUAAACAGGGAAAGUUAAAAAGAGAUAAAGUAAAUAUUAAAAGAAAAGCACAAAUUAAGAAAAAUGAUUCAGAUAAAUCUAAAGCAAAAUGUAUUAAAAAUGAAAAUAGUGAUAAAACUAAUAAAAAUGUUAAAAUUAAAAAAGAAGAUGAUAAGGAUAAAGGAAAAGAAGGAGACAGUUUAUUAGAUUUAUUAGAAUUAGAAAUGCGAGCUCGCGCUAUAAGAGCUUUGAUACGAAAAGAGGAAGAUGUAAUACCAUCCACUAAUCCAUCAGAAAUAAAUGACAGUCAAACAAUAGAAAAUAACAUUGCUACGCGACAUGACGAUGACAAGGCAAAAGAAAAUUGUCGCAAGCAGUUGGAACAAAUUAUCAGUGCUCAACAAAGUAAAGGUGAAGAUGAAGAUGUUGUUUUAGUAAUUCAACCUACUCCAGUUGUUGAAUUAUUAUCUAGUGAUAGUGAUGGGGAAGUUGAUGAUGAAACACGAAUAAGUAAAAAAUUGAAAAAUGAACGUGCAAUGGAAACUGGAAAAUCUGCAAAUAAUUUGGAUGAAAACGCGAAGAAUUCUAAUAAAAUUGUAGGAACUCAAGCAACAGGAAAACACAAUAAUACAAACAUUGUAACCAAAGCAGACUUAAAUAGCGAAAUAAGAACAAUAAUGCCUGACAGAAAUGUAGAUAUAAAGAACAAUACAUUGUCAAUAUCAAUUUCUGCAGACAAUGUUGCAGAGAGACGUAAAAGAUCAAAGAAAAAGUCACAUACAAAAUUACAGCUUACUUCUUCUACCAAUGAAAACACUUCAAAAUCGAAACAAAUUAAUAUUACAGAACAAUCAAAUGAUGUAAAUGAUGUAAAUACUACUGAACAAUUAAUACUUUCUGAUGAAGAUAAAAUUAUGGAAGAAAAGAAUAAAACAGAAGAAGAAAUAUCUAAAGAAAGUAAAAUUGAAGAAGAGAGAUUGGCAGACUUGGAUGAGGUAAUUGACUUAGAUGAUUACUGUGAUGUCAUGGAUAUAGAAAAUUGCGAUGAGGAUAAGAGUCAAGAUGAAAUUAUUGUUCCUUCUCAAGAAGAACAUAAGGAAUCUGUAUCUCAAACUUUGCCAAAAUCAGAUUCAAUGGAAACUUGGGCAUCACGCUAUUAUCAAACUGAUGAUGUUCAAAAUGUAAUAAAAGAAUCUAAGAUACAGUCUGAGAUUCGGAAACGAUUAAGAGAACGUCAAAGAUUAUCUAAGUUGAAUAAAUCACCAAAUUUAAAUCUAUCUUCGCAAUCCUCAUCAACUGAUACAGCUGUUACAUCUGAAAAAAUUCCAACAGGAUCAGUAGAGGAAUAUCUGGCUUUGAAGCGUACAAUGAACACAAAUGUUACAACUAACAGUAAUAAUAAUACAACAACACAAGAUAAUACUUCUCAAUCUAUUAAUUCUAAUAGUGAUAUUAAUGUAAAAGAAAUGUCAAUGCAAGAUGAAAAUAGUUCUUCUCACCAAGAAAAUAAAGAUAGGGAUGCACAGAAAAUUAAUACUUCUGAAAUGAUUGAAUCUACCGAAUUGGCAAAAGCUGUUGUGGAUAUAAGUACUGAAUCUACUGAAUUGAUAAAAGCUGUUGCGGAAACGAGUACUGAAUCUACCGAAUUGAUAAAAGCUGUUGCAGAUACAAAACAUGAUACUCAACCUGAAUAAUAUGCAUAGGCACGUUCACGGUAAACUGCAUAAAGAAAUUUAAAUCAUUAGGAAUGAAGUAUGAUCUACAAUUAAAGAAAAUAAAAUAAAAUUAUAUAAAUCAUUGAAUUGUUAAGAUGAAUAACAUGAGAUAUAUCCAAA